CUUCAGCAGCUAAACCAGAUGCGACCUGACAAAGCCUGGGAUGAGAUGUGUAAGAACAUCAAAGCAGAGCACUUAGCAGCAAGCCAGCAAAAUGGGGCACUGCAACAACAAAUUCAGGAGCUCAGGGAAAAACUCAAAAAUGAACCAGCUUUCGACAAAAUGUAUGAUCAACUGAAAGCAGAGAAUGCGGCGAUUAGCCAGCAAAAUGACAACCUGAGACAAGAGAUUCAGGAGAUAGCCAAAGAUCUCCGUAAUGAAAAGGCUCAGCAGGAAAUUGUUGAUCAAAUGGAAGUGUCAAAAGUGGCCAUCAGCCAGCAGAACGCUGCACUGAAAGAACAAUGGCAGAAGAUCUCCAAAGAUUAUGAAGAUGAAAAGAUGUCCAGAUUCAGGUAUAAUGAGAGGUUGCACAUCGUGGACUUAAUGCGCAAAGAAAAUGAAGACCUCCAACUACUCAUUCAGACCUUUACCAGAAGGAUCCAGAACAGAAAAGCCAUGAAGGACAAGUAUAAAGCCCUGAAAUCAGAAAAAAAAGCUGUUUCUGCAAAAAAAAAUGAGCUUCUUAAAGAACUUCGUUCGCUCAACUCAAAGCGUGAUAGCAUGCCAGACUAUGAAGACAAGUUUGAUCUACUGAGAGAGGAGACAGGAGCCUUAAGACAACAAAACGAUAAACUCCAUCGAGAAAUCAAAAAGUGCAUUGAGGAGAUGGAAAACAAAACCGUCAUAAAGGAAAUGUAUAAAGAAUUGAAAGUACAGAAAAAGAGUCUAACUCAGCAAAAUAACAUCCUGAAAAAAGAAAUUCAGGAGGUGGAGAAAAGGCUUAUAAAGGAACAAGCUUUGGUAGACAGGAAUAAUGUCAUGAAAGAAGAAAAUGAAGCCUUGAUCCAACAAAACUACACAUUACAACUCGAGGUUAAAGAGCUCUACGCCAGACUACAAAGUGAACAAAUGCUGGAGGUCAUGAAUAAAUCGCUGACAAUGGAAAAAGAUGCCAUGGGCCGACGAAAUGACGUACUUCGACAAGAGGUCCAGGAGCUCAAUAAAAAGUUUUGCUGAAAACAAAAAAAGGUAGGGAUAAAACUCCAGCCUCACACAAAAAGGUGCUGGUUCAAUUCCUGGGCCUGACUCUUUUUGUGUAGAGCUGGAUUUUUGUCUACGUUUCUGUGUGGAGUUUGUAUGUUUGUCGCUGUGUCUGCGUGGGUUCGCUCCAGGUGAUCCGGCUUCCCCUACAUCAUAAAACAUAUUUAACAUGUAGAUUCUAAAUUGGCCUAAAAAAACAAACAAUACCUGAAAGCGGGGCAGUGUGGUGGUGCAGUGGUUAGCACUGUCACCUCAGAGCAAGAAGGUCCAGGGUUCGAAUCUUGGUCGUCCCAGGUCCAGGGUUCAAACCUUGGUCGUCUGCGUUUCUGUGUGGAGUUUGUAUGUUUCUCUCCAGGUGCUCCGGCUUCCCC